AUGGCAUCUCAGACGUUUGAGUGGCAUCCGGGAAAACUGCUGCGAGACGACCAAGACAGCAGCACGACGAAUUUUGCACUCCUCGUGCUCAACCAACCGCUCAAGAACGGCACCAACCUGCGCAGGCUGUGGAAAAACUCGGUGAUCCGAGUGGCGGCGGAUGGUGGUGCCAAUCGUCUCCAUGAACUGUCCUCGUUCCACGGUAAAUUCUCGAACCUCCAGGCCAUCAUUGGUGACCUCGACUCGCUGUCCCCGUCGGUGCGAAACUUUUACACAUCGCGACCCAACCCGGCCGAGGUGAUCCACGACGCCGACCAAGAUUCCACCGACUUUGGCAAGGCCAUCACCUGGAUCCGCAAGGGGCGCAAAGGCAUUGACAUUGUCGCCUUGGGCGGCAUCGGGGGACGGGUCGACCAGGGCCUCAGCCAGCUGCAUCAUCUCUACCUCUUCCACCCCGGCCCCGACUAUGCCGCGGGCCACCUCUACCUCCUCUCCGGCUCGAGCCUCACCUUCCUGCUGACGGCCGGAACGCACCACAUCCAGGUCAAGGAGGACGGCGAGGACGAGGUGUUUGGCAGACACGUCGGCAUCAUCCCCCUCCAAGAACCGAGCGUCAUUUCCACAAAGGGGCUGGAGUGGGACGUGACAGACUGGGAGUCCAAGAUUGGAGGGCAGAUGAGCACCAGCAAUCGGGUGCUGCCGCAAACAAAGUGCGUCGAAGUCCAGACGAGCAAGGAUGUGCUCUUCACCAUAGCUUUACGGCCCAUUGACGGCGAGGACGAUGCGUAA